UUCCGGAACAAAGGUCGGAGGGUGCAAAUGGAGCGGUGCUGAAGGGGUUGUUGCGGAGUCGUUGGGCAAUGGCUGGCCCUAAAGGGCAUGAGAUUGUGUAAGGAGGCGGCGGCGGCGGCCUGGCUCAGCUGGAAGAUGGAGCGAGUGCGCUGGGCUUUCAGCUUUGGCUCCUGGCAACCCCGCUGCUCCGAGUGGUUGCUGGCAGCUCGCAGUGUACCAGAGGAGGAGAGAGAGCGCAUCGACAGAUUCGUCUUCGCCAAAGACGCCAAGGCCGCCAUGAGUGGACAUCUCCUGAUCAGGAAAUUAAUUGCUGAAAAGCUGAAGAUACCUUGGAAUGAAAUCCAAUUAAAACGGACAGCCAAAGGAAAGCCAUUUCUAGCCCAUCCUGUCCUUGACAUGAUCCCAAAUUUUAACUUCAAUAUUUCACAUCAAGGAGAUUACACUGUUCUGGCAGCAGAUUCUGAUUUGCAGGUUGGUGUAGAUAUCAUGAAGACUGAAUUUCCAGGUAGCAGCUCUGUGGCAGAGUUUUUCCGAAUUAUGAAUAGACAGUUCACAGUUCACGAAUGGAAUACCAUCAAUAUGGCAGGUGAUGAAUGGUCACAACUGGACAUGUUUCACAGAUACUGGACUUUGAAAGAAAGCUUUAUAAAAGCAAUCGGAGUUGGAGUUGCUUUUGAUCUACAGAGGAUUGAGUUCCAUGUCUCACCAUUACAUUUGGAAGAAGGCCAGAUUUAUAAGGAGACAGUAAUGUUUUUGGAUGGAGAGCAGGAAGAAGACUGGGUGUUUGAGGAAACUAUGCUGGAUGAUCAUCAUCAUGUUGCUGUUGCACUUGGCAAAGAAGACUCCAUUGGCAAAUGCCCUGCGCAGGUACAAGAGAUUAAUGGGGACCUAUCCAAAUUCAUACUUCUGACUUAUGAGGAUCUAAUGUCAUCAGCUAUUACAAUGGCACCAGAAGAUCCUAUGUACUGGAACAACUUUAAAGCCAAAAAAGAAAGACCAAAUCGCCAGCGCCAGAUGCCAGUAUAACUAAUUACUAUAAGUAGUAGUGUGAAACCUACUGGUUUUGUCAAAGAUGGUGGGUUUGAAAUUCUGAUUCCUGACUAAAUGUAUGAUAAUGAUAUGUUAAUAGCUUUUUGUAAAGCACAUAUUACAGUAUUACAAUCAAUAUUAAGUAUACAACAACAGAAUAAAUACAUACAAGUAAACUAAAAUUUAUUAUGAUUCAUGAAGGAACCCACAUUAUUUCAAAAUACUAAUUAUGCCUCUAAGAUUCUGGGGUGUAUUCUAAAGUGUACUUACUUCAGGUAACCAAUGUUUCCUUAGAACAAGGGUUCCCAGCCUGAGGUCCCCAGACCCCUUGCUUAAUGGUGUUGGUCCAUGGCGCAAAAAAGGUUGGCUUCCCCUUCCUUAGAAACUUCUAUGAAUUGCACAUCAAAGGCAGAAAUGACUGAUAAGAAGAUGCCACAUGAAAGAUUAUUAAAUAGAGCAUGGUAUUAGGGAUGACAUACUGCCAAAAAAACUGAUUAACAAACAAUAAGCAGUAGAAGUAAAUGACUUAUUUUGAAGUUGGAAGGCUGUGACCAUCAGGGUCCCACAGGAAUCGGUACCCAAGUUGUGCCAAACUUGAUGAAUGAAACAAGUAUCCAUGUGUACUGAUACAAAGCCAGGUGGCAGUGUGGGGAUAAUGCAGAGAGGCUUCAGGGAGAGUGGUUAAAUUAAUAGACAAGGACAUGCAAAAUACAGGGUAAUGAGGUCCUUGUUCUCAAGUUCUGGUAGAUCCCAUACAACAAUUUAAGGACUGCCACAUGAAUUUUGAAUUUACUGUCUAGUCUUCAACUAGCAAUUUCCCAUUUCUGGAGUCCUUAUAGUUUUUGUGUCUUACCUUCCUUUUUAAAUUUUAUUUCAUUUCAGUGGUUUAUAAAUGCCUUUCAGAAUCAUUGCGGAAUCUUCCUGAAUUUACAUUUUGUCAGGGGCUUCUGGAAGACACAGCUCCUCAUCUAAGCAGCAAAUGCAGUCCAAGUCCAAGGCCCUACUCCAAGUCCAGCCCAAUAGCCUUUUAAGGACGGACUACACUUAUGGGAAAGAAAACUGCUUUUAAUCAUUCUGACUGUACAUCUGCAACUUUUGUACAAGACAAUAGCAACAUUCUGCAUUGUUCACCCUUGAAACAGUUGUGGAUUUAGUCCUCAUUGUAAUGCUUAUUCCCAGGGAAGCUAAAUACUAUACCAACAUCCCAAUCUAGGAAUCUAUGGACAAUGAGUAAGAGGAUAUCCAGAACAUCUUAUUCCAACCAACUUUUUAGCUGACAGGUAAUUUUCAUAUUUACUUUCUUUUUCUUACUAUCCCUUUAAUACUGACUGCUUCAAAGUUGACCAUUUCCCUGCCAUUUACACAGUGCCCACUUAAUUUCCUUUGAAUACCCUCUAAAUGUUUCAUAAAUAUCACAUAGGGGCAAAAUCCUGCCCUACCUACACUGACAGUAACUAGUUCUGCUUCUGCUGUUCCUUCAGCCAUAUACUGGAGUAAUUGAAAUUUCCACUAACAUUUUAGUUUUCUUCUCCUACAUAUGCAUUAGCCAAAACAUUGGCAAACUCAACAACUUUUUUUUCCACAACGGAGGGUUUACUAAAAAGAGAGGACAUAGGUUUAAGAUCAGAGGUGAAAAAUUUAAAAGGGAGGGGCAGCUUCUUCACAUGAAGGAAUGAGCAGCCAAAAUUAGUGACUGAGGUUGGUCUGUCAGAAACAUUUUUUUUAAAAAGCAUAUAGAUGAGUAAAUGGAUAGGGGAGGUUUGGAGGGCUAUGGGCCAAAUGAGCAGCACAGUCAGCAUGGACGAGUUGGGCUGAAGAGCCUGUUUCUAUGCUAUACGGCUAUGUGCCCCCAGGUUCAGUCCCCUCUUCUGAAGUGAACUUGCUAGCCAUGAAAAAAGUGGACUGUUUAUGGAGUGCAUGCUUACUGCGAUUGCCUUCUAUAAAAGCUGACUAAUCUAAUAGCUGGGUGUGUGCCACAUGAAUUCUGAUAUAGGAAUAGUGAAUAUAUUCAUUUCACUGAAGACAAAUGGCUCUCAGGGACAAGGGUAAUUAAUGAAUAAUUUACAAUUUUUAGUUUAUAUUUACUUAAUGCAAUUAAAGUUUUAAGCAAUAUAUAAUCUACUGGAGGAAUUCAGUGGGUCAAACUACACCUGUGGGAGGAAGAGAAUUGUCGAUGUUUUGGAUAGAAAUCCAGCAUCAUACCUUUCCACCUACAGAUGCUGCUCAAUCCAUUCAGUUCCUCCAGCAGAUUGUUGUUGCUGUAGAGUCCAGCAUCUGCAGUCUAGUCGCUCAAGGAAAUUGAGCUACAUUUAUAUAUUCAGAAGCAUUCAAAAUUCUUGAUAUGUUCAACUAUUUAGUUGCAAAGCUGAUCAGUUAUUUCUCUUUAUGCCCAGUUAACUUGCUUUUUAAUAAUGGUCUAUAUCCCCAGUACAAUUCCAGUUUACUUACAGAGCAAAAAUGAUUCAUAAACAGAAAUUAAUACAUUUUAAAAAAGUAUUUUACAGAUAUCCAUUACUUAUCCAUCUUAUAAUUUAAGUUAUGGGAAGCCCAGAACCAGAUAAAUUAAAUAAAAUGGACAAGGUGGAAGAAAAUCUGUAUAGCAUAGUGUUAUUUUAAUUUAAUUAUUUAUCUCUGCUUUAAUUAGUAAGCUCUAACAUCAGGAAUUUCAAAGCAACCAAUGAAACUCACUCAAAUAAAUGUUCUCGUGGCCUUUGAUUUCUUAGCUAAUUUUAAAUAACCACAAAUGUGCAUAAACAUUGUGCUUUAAUAAAGUUAGUACUACCACAUUCCUCUUAAGGCGUGAUUAUCAAGGUCAAUAUAUUCAUCUGGUAGAUUACUGCUAAGAUUUACUGUAUUUUUUUAUCCAAAUCUGCACUUUGUAUGCAUUAUCCCAAUGCAUAAUCAGUAUAUCUACUAAGUUAAAUAAAUUGGGAUUUAGUAAAACACCAAUAACAUGUUACUUUACUAACAUUUUAUCAUUUCUCUAUAUCACAGUAACAAAUGAUUAAUGUUGUGACCAUCCACGAUGCAACUUCUUUGUAGCUUGUACCUGUCAAAUGAAUAUCACUCCAGACUGACACAACGUGACCUUUCAUUAUGCCCCAAAUUACCAAAUCCAGCUUUCUGACUCAGAUUGUUAUGGCAUCUGACAAAGUCUGCUGUCACUCUUUAGGUAGACCUGAAGCAGACUAUUAGAGUGUUUCUCGGCUGUAAUCUUGAAGUAAUGUCAUGCAUUGAUGUCAGCAUCUUGUUUUAAAGCCAUGUUCAUUCCUGCUGGUGACAAUCACAAAGCAAUUAUUUGUGAACAGUAACUGGAGAAAAAAAAUUCACAUGAAUUGUAAGCCACAAUGUCUGAAAGCAUUCAUUUUAUACUACCGCAGAUUGAUAUCAGGAUAUAAAAUCUAAAUUUUGGAUUUAGGCUUGUGUUUUAUAAUUUAGUUGCAAGAAAAAGUUUGUGAAUGUUUUGCAGUUACCUGGUUUUCUGCAUUAGUUACUCAUAAUGUGGUCUGAUCUUCAUCUAAGUCACAUUAAUAGACAAACACAAUCUGCCUGAACUAAUAAUGUACUACUUCUCGUCAGAACUGAAUACACAUUUAAACAAACAGUCUAAGUUUUAAAAAAAAAGGUAUGUUAACCUCUGGAGUAACACUUUCUACAAAAUCUAUUUAGAGUCAGGUGUUCCAAUGAGAUGAGAUUGGAGCUGUGGGUUGUAGAGGUGCCCUACCCUAUAUAAAAAAAAAAGACAGAGACUGCUCUUCUCAAGAAAGUUCUGUUUCUGUGCACCAUGCCUCGAUCAAAACUUUCAGGGUCCCUUAGAAGAAUUGUAGAGAUGCAUGAAGCUGGAAAAGGCUACAAAAGCAUUUCUAAAGACAUGAGUGUUCAUCAAUCCACAAUAAGUGAAAUUGCCUCCAAAUGGAGGGCAUUCAAUACUUACUACUAUCUCUAGGAGUGGGCAUCUUGCAAAGAUCACACCAAGAGCACAACAUGCAAUGUUGAAAGAGGUGAACAAGAAGCCAAAGGCAACAGCAAAAGACCUGCAGACAACUCCAGAACUUGCUAAAGUUUCUGUUCAUGUGUCCACUAUAAGAAAAACACUGGUCAAGAAUGGUGUUCAUGGAAGGACAUCACAAAGGAAACAAUUAUCCAAAAACUAAAUAUUGCUGCAUGUCUCAAGUUUGCAAAAGACCACCUGGAUAUUCCACAACGCUUCUGGGACAAUAUUCUGUGGACAGAUGAGAUAAGAGUUGAACUUUUUGGCAGAAAUGCACACCAAAAUCAAAACCUCAUCCCAACUGUGAAGCAUGGUGGAAGGUGCAUCAUGGUUUGGGGCUGCUUUGAUGCCUCGGGGCCUAUUCAGUUUGCAGUUGUUGAGGGAACAAUGAAUUCAAAAUUGUAUCAAGACAUUUUACAGUAAAAGGUCAGGGUAGCUGUCUAUCACCUGAAGCUUAAUAAAAGAUGGAUGAUGCAACAAGACAAUGAUCCAAAAUUCAAGAGUAAAUCAAUAACAGAAUGGUUUAAAAAGAAGAAAAUUUGUGUUUUGUAAUGGACAAGUCAGAGUCUAGACCAGGGGUCGGCAACGUUUACCACUAAAAGAGCCAAUAUGGACCCAUUUCCCACAGAAAAGAAAACACUGGGAGCCACAAAACGAAAUAACACUGCAUACAACGGGUUUUUUUUGCCUUUAUGCUAUGUAUAAACAAACUAUAAUGUGUUGCAUUUUUGAAAUUGAUGAACUCCUGCAGAGAAAACGAAAUUACAUUUCUGCAUGCAACAAAAACAUUUUGAACUCCGAAAAAAAGACGUUGGGUUGAAGGUUACUACAUAGGUAGCCUACCUUGGAUCGAAGAAUUAAAAGAAAGCGCGCACUGGCGGGUGUCAGGCAUUGGCAGUUGUGAUGUAUAUUAAUAGCGAUAAAAAACACGUUGUAGCGAUGUAGCGCUACACGCAGCGCUAAAAUAAAGACUGCAGUCAAAGGUAACUUUAUUCGAACAGCCUUGCUUUAAAGCCUCCCUCAACCCGUCCCCAUGGGCGCGGAUGCUCCAAAAGACACGUACUCACAAACCCCCGUAGGCUAUCUCCCUUAGUCGGAACGGUGGCUAAUUGUUCGGAUGUGCCAGGAAACGGUGUCUCCGCAAAGUACAAGAUCACCAUAAUCUUCAAAUUUCGAAUUACAUUUCAAAAGCUAACAAACCACGGGGAGCCGCAUCACAGAGAUCAAAGAGCCGCAUGUGGCUCUGGAGCCACAGGUUGCCGACCUCUGGUCUAGACCUUCACCCAAUUGAGAUGCUGUGGCAUGACCUGAAGAGGGAUGUUUGUGCAAGUUAUCCCAGAAAUAUUGAUCAACUGAAACAGUUUUGUAUGGAGGAAUGGUCUAAAAUUUCACCUUGCCAUUGUGCAAAUCUGAUCAGCAGUUACAGGAAAUGUUUAAUGGAAGUUAUUGCUGCUAAAGGUGGUUCUCCUAGUUAAAUACAAUUGUUCACAUACAUUUUCCAGCCUGGUCUGUGAAUGAUGAAACAAUCUUCAAUAAAGACAUGAAAAGUACAAUUGCUGUGUGUUCUUAGUUCAGGCAGAUUGUGUUUGUUGAUUAUUGUGCCUUAGAUGAAGAUCAGACCACAUUUUAUGAAUAAUUAAUGCCAAAAACGAGGUAAUUGCUAAGGGUUCACAAACUUUCUUGCAACUGUAUAUUUUUAAAUAAUUUAGCUAUUGUGCAUUUUAAUAGCAAAUUUGAUACGCAUGUCCUCAUCAAUUGUAGAUUUAGAAGGAGGAAUUAUUCUGGGGAAGAAUUCCAGAGGUAACACCCUAAUUGGAUGAAAUCCCAAUGAGUAGCAAGAAAAAAAUUAAAACAGAGCAAGUCAAUAUUGCUAACCACCAACAGGACAUUAACUGCCUAGACUUUAACACUCAUCUCUCCUAUUCCAACCUCACUCUUUCUGAACGCUCAGUUCUCCGCUCCCUCCGCACCAAUCCUAACCUUACCAUCAAACACGCAGGUAAGUGUGGAGGGUACUGUAGUAGUCUGGCAGACUGACCUCUACCUUGCUGAGGCCCAGUGCCAACUACCAGACACCACCUCUUACCCCUCGAACAGGACCCCACCAAGGAACACCAGGCCACUGUCUCCCACACCAUCACCAACCUUAUUGACUGGUGAUCUGCCAUCCACCACCACCAGCCUCAGAGUUUCUGCACCCGGCACCUCCCAUUUCUACCUCCUACCCAAGAUCCACAAAUCCACUUGUCCAGGUAGACCCAUUGUUUCUGCUUGUCCCUGCCCCACUGAACUCACAUCAGGAUACCUCUACUCUGUUUUAUACCCCCUAGAUCACUCCCUGCCUAUCUACAUCCAUGUCACCUCACACACUCUUGAUCUUUUCAAGGAUUUCAAGAUCCCUGUCCCAUAUCAUCUUAUUUUUACUAUGGAUGUCCAGUCUCUAUGCACUCCCAACUCCCACCAGGAAGGCCACAAAGCUCUCAGGUUUUUUCUGGACACCAGUACCCCCCACCACCACACUCUUCCGCCUAGCAGAACUUGUCCUCACUCUAAUAAUUUCUCCUUUGGCUCCUCCCACUUCCUUAAAACCGAAGGGGCAAGCCAUGGGUACUCACAUGGGUCCCAGCUAUGCCUGCCUUUUUGUCAGCUACGUGAAACAGUCUGUGUUCCAAGCUUUCACUGACGACCGUCCUGCACUUUUCUAUGCUACAUCAAUAACUGCACCCAUGCUGAACUCGUCGACUUCAUGCACUUUGCUCCAACUUCCACCCUACCUGCAAAUUCACCUGGUCCAUUUCUGCCACCUGCCUUUCUCGAUCUCACUGUCUCUAUCUCCAGAGACAGCUUAUCCACCAAUGUCUAUUACAACCCCACGGACACUUACUACCUGAACUACAACUCGUCCCACCCUGCUAGAGAUGUCCUCCUUUUUCUAAGAAAGGGGCUUCCCUUCCUCCACCAUCAAUGCUGCCCUGAACUUCAUCUCUUCCACUUCACGCAUGCUUGCUCUUACCCCAUCUUCCCACCACCCUACCAGUAAUAGCGUUCCUCUUGUUCUCACCUACCACCACACCAGCCUCUGCAUUCAGCACAUAAUUCUCCAAAACCUCUGCCACCUCCAACGGGAUCCCACCAUCAAGCACAUCUUUCCCUCCCCCCCCCCCCCCCCACUUUCUGCUUUCUGUAGGGAUCCUUUGAUCAGUUCAUCCCUCUGCACUGAAUUCCUCCUUGGCACUUACCCUUGCAAGCUGAAGAAGUGCUUCACCUGCCCCUACACCUCCUCCCUCUCUAUCAUUCAGGGCCCUGAACAGUCCUUCCAGGUGAGGCAACACUUCACCUGUGAGUCUGUUGGGGUCAUUUACUGUGUUUGGUGCUCCCGGUGCGGCCUCCUAUAUAUCGGCAUAGAUUGGCACUAUUUGCCAGAACAAGCGGGAUCUCCCAGCGGAACAUCGAUUUCUCAAAUUUCUAGUAAUGGUUCCCACCUCCCCCCUUCACAAUUUCCCAUCCCCUUUUUCCUCUCUUACCUUAUCUCCUUGGCUACCCAUUGCCCAGUCGCCUCCCUCUGGUAGUUUUCCCCCCUCACCAUUCCCCGUUUUUCUUUGUCCAUGGCUUUCUCUCUCUUUCACCAAUCAACUUCCCAGCUCUUUACUUCAUCCCUCCCCCUCCACGUUUCACCUAUCACUUGGUAGUGAUCCCCCCCCCGACCCC